AUGGCUAAUGUAAUAGUCGGUUGGGAGAAUGCAACGACUGCGUUAUGCGGUAUGAAGGCUAAAGCUCAAUUUUUGAAAGAGAGAUCUGAGAGGGAUUGUGCUUGGCAAGUUGAAGUGGCAGAGUCGGCCCAGUCGGGCGUUUGUGUGAGGAGAAGCGAAAAGGCGGCUCAAAUCGAAAAGGCUGUCCAGGAAAACGGGCGAGGAAAGUUGAAGAAGAGAGGGGCUAGAGUGGUUUACCUCGCGUGGGCCAGAACCGAAGAAAAGGGUUCAGAUGCGGCGAUCUAG